GUUAAAAAAAGAACCCUAGUCCCCACGGAUUCGCCCCAUUGAUCUAGGGGACGCGCGACGACGAAGAAGAAGGCGAAGCAGGGAAACGCUCGAGCUCGAUUUUCUUUCUCUGUUCCCCCAAAUUCGCUUUCUAGACAGAAACGAUGUCUCAGGUUGAUAAUCGUAAUUCUUCUGCAUCCAAACGCGCUCGUACUGAUGGUAGUCGUAGAGAAGAUGACUGGACAUGUCCUAGCUGUGGAAAUGUUAACUUUUCUUUUAGGACCACUUGCAAUAUGAGAAAUUGUACCCAAUCGAGGCCUGCGGAUCAUAACUUGAAAACUGCAAAACCUCCACAGGCUCCACAAGGCUUCAACUCGGCAGCUCCUUACAUGGGUCCUGGUGGUGCUUCAUCGAUGUACCUUGGUAUGGCACCGUAUGGAUCAUCCCUCUUUAACGGGACUUCAGUACCUCCUUACAAUGUCCCAUUUUCGGGAGGAUCAGGCUAUCCAUAUGAUUAUGCAAAUCGUCUUUCUGCUGGAGGUCCUUAUGGGCCUAUGAUGUCUGGACCAAACCCUUAUUCUGGUGGAUCUGUGAUGGGAGCUGGUGGAAUGUAUGGUAUGCCUUCUCUUAUGGAUCGAUAUGGAAUGGGACUUCCUAUGGCUCCGGGUGUUAUGGGUGCUAGGCCUGGCCCAUUUGCAGAUGAUAAUAGCCAAAAACGUAGUGCUGAUGGCAUGCGAGAAAGUGACUGGACCUGCCCUAAGUGUGGGAAUGUUAAUUUUGCCUUCCGAACUGUUUGUAACAUGAGAAAGUGUGGCACUCCGAAGCCUGGUUCUCAGUCAAAGGGUGGAAAGGCUGAUAAUGCCAAAGGAUCGAAAUCGAGCAUGCCUGAAGGUAGUUGGAAAUGUGAAAAAUGUAACAAUAUUAACUACCCAUUUAGAACCAAAUGCAACAGACAGAAUUGUGGUGCUGAGAAGCCUUCUGAAGCGAAGAAGUCUCCUAGGUCAGCUACUGAUGAGGAGGAGCAGUGAGUACUAGAAUCCCUUUGAGGGAUGAGAAGGUCCAGAGUCAUCAUUGGCGUCGCUCAAGUUUGGGUGUCUGAAAGUCAGUCAUGUGUCAUCUCUUGCAGCGGUUGUCAAGUUUGUUCGCCUUCUCAUGAUUCAUGUUUAAGUUGUAUUAGCAGCAACCUCGGUCUCAAUGUGGAAAAGGAUUGUCUUGUCUUUAUGGAUUAUGUUCUUGAAAACAUGUGCACUACAUUUACAGGUUGGUUUUGUCAGUUCACAGUUGGUUUCUAUUGUGUAUUAAAUUCUUGUCCAUUCUAGUGGUACUUCUCUUGGCCCCUUUGA